CGAUGUGAAUGUGGGGUAUCGUUUAACCAAGCAACAACUUUGGCAGGUCACAAGCAAUAUUAUUGUAAUAAUACGAAUCAAGUGGAAACCUUCCGUGAGCCUCACAAAAAAAUACCUAAUCGCUGCCAGCAAUGUGAUUUCCAACCAAUAAGUGCUGCUCAGCUUACUCAACAUGUUCGCAUCAAUCAUUCUGCAAUACAGGCAUAUAUUUGCCAACUUUGUGGUUAUAAAGGAUAUUCUCAACGUGGAAUCAGAUCUCACCUGAGGUGUAUUAUUUGUAUUUUAAUCUAUAUAGCACCAGUUAGUCUUCUUUUUGAAGGGCGAAUUGAAAAUAAGAGAAUGAUUAAUUAUAUUACUCUGUUCUUUAAGGUUAUUUCUGCUACGGUUUUUUUAUUUUAUUUCAAUUUCAUAAUUUUUAAUUUUAAUUUUUAA